CCAAGCGCACAUGCCGUGAAAUUCAUCGCGGCAAAUGGUUUUAAUACAUAAUAAUACAAUAUAAUAUUUUCAGUGCCUGCCAUUCGAUCAAGCAAUGGGGUUUUAUUCUAUCAACUUUCUAGUCGCAGUCUUAAGCAUCUUCUGCUUGGCAUUUGCUGACUUAAACGAUUCUCAAUAUGAAUCCCAAAGGAACUUAAUACUCGACAUCUAUCAUAAUCCCUCUGUGAAUAAUGCAGCAAAGGAAAGGCAUAUUCCACAGCUGAUUGCCUUUUAUCGUCGCUACCCCAAUGAAGUUCCACUUUCCAACUUGGACAAGCAAGAAUUCGAGAAGUUCAUCCACGACUAUGAAGAGCCCCGAAGUACUACGAUUGAUGGAGUUGGACCACAAGGAGGAUCAGUUGGUUAUGUCUUUGGGAAUUUCAUAGCUAGAAUUGGAGCAAGAUAUUUUACAUCUAUAUUCAAUAAAAAGGAAAAGGAAAGUGAGGGAAAACGUGGUGCCAAUUCUACAACUACACCACCAAGGAUUUAAAAACACUAAAUUGAGAAGGAACUAAAUUCUAUAUUGAUAUCAAACCAUUUGAAUUACUAAUUUCUGAAAAUGUUUAAAAGUUUCUUUUUCGAUGUUUAAAUAAAUGCAUAUAUAAAAAAUAAAUUAUUUAGUAUUAUUGGUUAAUCGCA